AUGAAGCUAACAGCUGCUUCAACAAAAACGUUAAAAAACGGUGUCAAAAUUCCUAUUCUAGGUCUAGGAGUGUAUAAGGCCCCUAAAGAGGAUACCGUGAACAUAGUUUACAAGGCGUUGCAACAAGGAUAUAGACAUGUCGAUUCUGCGCAAUUCUAUGGCAAUGAGAGAGAAGUGGGCCUUGCCAUUGCUAAAUUUUUGAAAGAAACACCUGGACAAUCAAGAAACGACAUUUUCUACACAACGAAGCUGGCCCCUACUAAUGGCACAUAUGAGCAAGCCAAAAGUGCCAUUGAGGCAUCUUUGGAGAAAGUCAAAGAAAUCGGUUACAUAGACCUUUUCCUCAUCCAUUCACCAGCAUCCGAGAAAAAACAACGUUUGGAUAUGUGGAAGGCUCUACAGGAGUUUUACGAAGACGGGAAAAUCAAGGCUAUAGGGGUGUCCAACUACAGUGUGCUGUUGUUGAAAGAACUUCUUGGCUGGGAAGGUCUCAAGGUCGAACCUCUUGUCAACCAGUUCGAAUUGAAUCCAUGGCUUGUUCGUCCUGAUUUGGUAGACUUUUGCAACAAGCAAAACAUUAUCAUUGAAGCUUUCUCACCACUCACCAGGGGUCACCGUUUGAAAGAUCCAGAACUACUAGAAUUGAUCGAAAAAUCGUAUCCUGGGAAAACCACAGCUCAGAUUUUGAUCAGAUGGUCGCUGCAGAUGGGGUUCGUGCCGCUUCCUAAAUCCAGCAACGAAGAGAGGCUGCUUUCCAACUUAGAGUCCUUGGAUUUCGAAAUUAGUGACGAAGAUAUGAAGAAACUAACGCAUCAGGAUGACUACUACGUGUCGAACCCAGCCUUCGAUCCUAUCAAGAAGUAUUUCGACAAGUUGUAG